AUAUUGGUGGAUUUUGCAGCAAAUUGUCUUUAUUCUGCCCUAGUGCUGCUCGGAAAGUGUGCCUUCUGCAAAGCUUCGCUUCGUUUCUUAAUAUUUGUGAAUAUUUAAACCCUAAGAACGGCUCAAAAUGGAGAAGAAUAGCCGCUCGAAACAAAUCUCAAUCAUUCCGAAAAAUGCGUACGGGCUGAGGACCGAUAUUCAGGGUAACGUACACUUUACCCUCAAGCAGGAAAUCAUCUACCCCGUGGCGGGCGUGUUGGCCAUCCACGAUUUUACCACCAACAAGCAAAAGUUUUUGAGAUUUCCUCAAAAUUGCCAUCCGGAACGAAUCGUGCUGAGCCCGAACCGGAAGUUUAUAGCCGUGGUGGAAAGAAACAACGAUAACAAAUCGAUGGUGAACGUUUACGAGAUUGACACGCUGCGCAAGCGGAAAACGCUCCAACUGCCGGCAGACUGUCCGAACACGCAGAUCGGCAAUAUCUGCUUCACGCACGACUCCCGCGGAGUGGCGGUCCUGUCCGUCGAACCGGACGCCUUCCUGUCGAUCUUUUCGUUCGACAAGAACGAUUCGCUCAUCAUUGGCCGGGCGUCCAACUCGAGCCAGCAGGGCCAGGCCGUCUACCUGUCGUGCAAUCCGAACGAUGCCACGAUAGUUGCCGUCGGCGGAUACUACAUGCUGAAGAUAAUGAACCGCACCGACAAGGGCUUCGGCCAGAUCGGUACGAUCAAGGGUGACGAUCUGCUGAUCACCUCCAUGACGUGGUUAUCGUCGGACGUGCUGGCGGCCGGCACCGCCGAGACGGAGAUCAUCUUCGUCGAGUCGGGCGAGCUGAAGAUCCGCCAGCGGGCCGACCUGAUCGAGACGGUCGACCUGUCCGGGGAGGGCGACACGGACCUGGGCGCCACUGCGGCGGAAGUUGCAGAGCGGAAGCACGAGGUGCUCUGCCUGACGCAGUUCGAGAAGGGUUUCCUCUACGCGAUCCACAACGUGGUGCACGUGUUCGAGCGGGAAUCGAACUACAACUUUCGCAAGAAGUCGAUCAUCCGCGUGCCGAUCACGCUGUACGACGAGCCGCAGUACAAGAUCGUGAACGUGGCGGUGAACCACGAGCAGGACACGAUCGUGGUGGCGACGCUGCACUCCCAGCUAUACAUCGGCAUGCUGAUCGUGCCGGAAACGCUCAAGAUCAGUGAGCUGGUGUUUCAAAACCUGGGCGAACCGCUGCACAUCAGCGGCAUCAUUGGGAUGGCCGUGUGCUCGUGGAAGCCGAUCGUGAUGACAGCAUCACGUGAUUUGACGAUUCGCGUGUGGAACUACGAGACGAUGAAGGUGGAGCUGGUGAAGAAGUACCAGAUCGAGAUCGGUGUCAUUGCGCUGCAUCCGUCCGGGUUUUUCGCCGCCGUUGGCUUCAUCGAUCUGCUCCGGCUGCUCCAGAUCCAGCUGGACGAUCUGAAGGAAACGAAGAGCUUCAAUCUGGCCAGCUGUACGCAGCUCGAGUUCUCCAACCAGGGACAUCUGCUGGCGGCGGCUCACGGGAAGAUGAUUACGCUCAUCUGCAUCUUCACGUUCGAGGUGGUGCAGUCGCUGAAGGGCCACAAUGGCAGCAUCCUGAGCUUGGCCUGGUCCACGGACGAUGCGGUGCUAGUGUCCGGAGGUAACGACGGUGCAAUCUACAAGUGGAAUGUGGUGACGGGCGAACGGCUGGAGGAGGUCGUUCAGAAGGGCAUCCACUACCGGUCGAUUGCGCUGACGAGUGAUGCGCACUCGGUGUACUCCAUCACCAACACGGGACUCAUUCGAGAAGUUGCCAAAUCGGACAUUGCUCGAGAGUUCAAAAUUCCCGAGCUGACGCCCCUCACCGAUAUGGCUCUGGCCCGCUCGGAUGCAAUUCUGUUCGUGGGAAGCGUGAAGGGCCAUCUGUACAACGUGCAGGUGCCGCUGGUCGACACGAGCAGCGGGAACUGUACCAACUUUCGCUUUUUCAACACCAAAGUGACGAAGAUCUGCAUCACGUACGAUGAUUGCACGCUGAUCACGGCGGCCGACGACGGGACGCUCAUCAUCUGGCGCAUACUGAACAACGAGGGCAAAACGGCACGCCAAGCGCCGGAGCUGGGCCGGUGUGCGGAUGUGCUGAUCGCGCGCCAGGAGCUGAUCGAGAAGAACGAAUCGAUCAACACGCUCGAGAUGCGCAUCCAGCAGCAGAGCAUGGAGUUUGCGUACAAGAUGAAGCAGGGCGAUGCGUUCCAUUCCGAGCAGAUGCGUGACAUCCACAAGGAUUAUUGUGCCGCGAUCGAGAACCUUAAGAAAAAGAACAUUGAAAUGGAGCAGGCGCACACGGAAGAGUUCAACCUGAUCACCGCGAGCAUCGCCCAGGGCAAGGAGGACCACCAGAAGGAGAUGAUGGACUUUGAGGCACAGUUCCACGAGAAGAUCAUCAUGGAGUACGACAAGCUGACGAGCAUGAAGAACAAGAUGGACGCGAUGCGGGAGGAGUACGAGGUUAAGCUGCGUCGCUCGGCAGGAUGUUUGCAGGAUACGAUUGAAUCAAUGGAAGCGGACCAGAAACGUUUGCUGAGCGAAAAGCAGGACAUCAUCGACAACCUGCUCAAGGAUAUGGAUCGCAAGCGGGCCGAAUUCGAUGAGUACUGCCGCCAGGUAGACGUAGACAACGAUCGCCACAAGGUGGAACUGCAGCUUCAGUACGAGAAACGGCUACAGGAGGAGGAGGAAAACUCCAUCAAGUGGCGCGGUGAGGCCGGCGUGCUGAAGAAAAAGUUCUCCACGCUGAGCCGCGAGUCGGAGGCGUACCGGAAGGAGAUCGAAACGAUGCAAGCGCAGCACGGCAAGUUCCAGCAGAGCAUCCGGCAGCAUCAGCGCGAAAUCGAGGCGCUGCGCAAGGAGCUGGCCGAGCGCGACAGUACGAUACGGGACAAGGAUCGCCGAGUGUUCGAGCUGGGCAAGAAAAACUCCGAGCUGGAGAAGUACAAACAGGUGCUGUCGAUGAAGAUCACCGAGCUGAAGGCACAGAUCGAGCCGAAGGAGCGCGAGAUCAAGGAGAAGAAAGAGUUCAUCCUGGAGAUGGAGAAGAAGCUGGAGGAGCUGCAGCAGAACAACAAGCAGCUGGAGCUGCAGCUGCAGGAGCUGCGCGACAAGUACGUGGGCAUCGAUCUGGAGCUGCGGCGCGAGCGGAACCGAUUCCGGGCGUCGAAAGCCCAGUACCAGCGGCUCUGCGGGGAGAUUUACAACGUGUCCGGGUUGAUACAGCGACCGGAGCUGCUAAAGCGCAGCGUUAAGGAGCUUUGCCACCGGUACUCGAACGAUAAGGAGCUGCAGAAGUCGCUCGCACUCGACGAGGACGUGCAGAACGAGUUCCUGCGCCAGCGCGAGUACCUCGAGCGGAUGACCAAGAGCGCCAAGCAGAAGGCAAGCGGCCAGCGCAAGGAUGGUGGCGAAUCGUUGAAGCUGAAGAAGGAAAACAUGGAACUGCUGGCGGAGCUGAACGCACUGCGCGAGCUGCUGAACGAAAAGCAGCGCGACUGUACGCGAAUGGAAGCGCUGCUGGGCCUUUCGAGCAAAGCGAUCUCACCCCGGCAGGCGAAAGAAAAGCUGGAAAAGGCUGUUGCGGACCGGGACGCACUGGAGGCACACCAUCGGGAGCAGAUGGCCAAGCUGGAGGAGAUGGUGCGCGCGCUGUCGAACGAAAACCAAACCCUGCGCGCCGAACUGAUCGCGCAAAGCAGCACACGCAGCAAACCGGCGACAACACCGGCCACUAGUGGUGCUGCUGGUGCUGCUGCUGCUAGUAAGUGAGAUGGAUUGUCGUUCUUUCUCUAAUGGAACCGCGAUUGUAUGUGUAACGUCUUUUUUCGUUUUUGAAAUUUUGUGUGAUGAUAAAUAUAAUUUAUUUAACGCUUUUU